UUUCAAUCACAAAUAGAUAGAAAAAACUUCUCUUGAUUAAACAUGGCUUUAAGCAUGGCGAAUUUCGAUAAGUUGAAACCCUAUUUUCUUAUGGUGUUUUUGCAAUUCGGGUCAGCUGGGAUGUACAUAAUUAGCACGGCGACUCUCAACCAUGGCAUGAACCGUUAUGUCCUCAUCGUCUAUCGAAAUGCCAUUGCUGCUCUUGUUCUUGCACCUUUUGCACUGAUUCUUGAAAGGAAAACAAGGCCAAAGAUGACGAUUUCAAUCUUCCUACAAAUAAUGACACUGGGAUUUUUGGAGCCAAUCGUAGAUCAAGGCUUCUCGUACUUGGGGAUGAAAUGGACAUCGGCAUCUUAUACAUCUGCUAUUAUGAAUGCAGUUCCCUCAGUCACUUUUGUGAUUUCUGUCAUUUUUCGAUUAGAGAUCAUAAACAUCAAGGAAAUAUACAGUCAAGCUAAGGUAUUGGGGACCCUACUUACUCUUGGAGGAGCUUUAUUGAUGACACUUUACAAAGGCCCUGUUCUUAAUAUGCCAUGGUCGCACACAGAAAGCCACCAUGAAAGCAGCAGCAGUGAGUCUUCAGAUAAACACUGGGUCGCUGGGACUCUUUUAAUCCUGCUUGGCUGCGUCGCCUGGUCCUGUUUUUACGUUCUUCAAUCAAUCACCAUAAAAAAGUACCGAGCGGAACUCUCUUUAUCCUCCUUGAUAUGCUUAUCAGGCACCUUGCAAAGUGCAGCAAUAGCGCUUGCUGUAGAGCGUCGCGCCAGUGGAUGGGCAGUGGGCUGGGACUCCAGGCUCUUAGCUCCCCUUUAUACAGGAAUAGUUAGUUCGGGCAUCACGUACUAUGUGCAAGGGCUUGUUUUGAGGACAAAAGGCCCAGUUUUCGUCACAGCCUUCAACCCUUUAUGCAUGAUCAUUGUGGCUAUUCUGGGCUCCAUAAUUCUAUCAGAAAAACUUCACCUCGGCAGUGUUAUUGGAGGGAUUAUAAUUGCAAUAGGCCUCUACUCUGUUGUGUGGGGUAAAAGCCCGGAUUAUUCAGGUUCAUCACCUGCAAAAGAUGACGCCGAAGAGCGACGAAUUACUGCAAGUGACAAAACUAAAAUGGUGACUGCCACUAUUAACGAUGAGCACAUAGCUGGAUCAGCAUAAUACUUUCCAUUAAUUCUACUGCUAAAAAGCUGAUAUAAGAUGUAUGUAAUAGCCUUCCUUUGCCUGGAGGCUCCUUUGCAAUUUUAGCCCAGAACUUUAUAACUAUUAAUUGGAGCCAAAUUACACAUUGGAUGGAUAUUAAGGUUACAUAUCUGAUGUUAAUAUAAUUAUCAAUCAUGCAAAUA